CGGGCGCCCGGAUGCCACUCGGAAAAGUGGCCCUGCUACUGACGGGAGGCACAGGCAGAGGCAACCUUGGCGACAGAAAUGGCUGAGUACUUGAGACUGCCGCACUCGGUGGCGAUGAUCCGGCUCCGAAACCCGCCGGUCAAUGCGCUCAGCAUGGCUGUCCUCGGCAGAUUAAGAGAAGGACUGCAGAAAGCUGUUUCCGACCAUACAGUAAAAGCCGUUGUGAUUUGUGGAGCAGAUGGCAAAUUCUGUGCAGGUGCCGAUAUCCAUGGCUUCAGCUCUUCAUCCACUGGUUUAAAAUUAGGAGAUAUGGUAGAUGAAAUACAGAGAUGUGAGAAGCCAGUGGUGGCGGCUAUCCAAAGUAUGGCAUUAGGAGGGGGACUGGAGCUGGCCUUGGGCUGUCACUAUCGGAUUGCCAGUGCAGAGGCUCGUAUUGGCUUUCCAGAAGUCACACUGGGACUUCUUCCCGGUGCAAGAGGGACCCAGCUUCUCCCCAGGCUCAUUGGAAUUCCUGUUGCUCUGGACUUAAUUACCUCAGGGAGACAUAUUUUGGCAAGUGAAGCAUUCAGCCUUGGCAUUCUGGAUACAGUUGUGAGGUCAGACCCAAUUGAAGAAGCAAUCAGAUUUGCCCAGAGUGUUUUAGACAAGCCUCUAGAACCCCGCAGAAUAAUGAACAUGCCAGUUCCAAGCUUGCCCAACAUGGACAGUGUUUUUACUGAAGCCUUCGCCAAGGUGCGAAAGCAGUACCCUGGCCUCCUGGCUCCGGAGACGUGUGUGCUUUCAGUCCAGGCCUCCGUGAAGCAUCCCUAUGAAGUGGGCAUCAGGGAAGAAGAGAAGCUGUUUAUAUACCUUAGGAAAUCAAGACAGGCUAGAGCCCUGCAGUACGCUUUCUUCACUGAAAGGAAUGUAAAUAAGUGGUCAACUCCCUCUGGAGCAUCUUGGAAAACUGCAUCCUCGCAACCCAUCUCCUCCGUUGGAGUUCUUGGCUUGGGAACAAUGGGCCGAGGCAUUUCUAUUUCUUUUGCAAGGGCCGGGAUCCCAGUGGUUGCUGUAGAAUCAGACCAAAAGCAGCUGGAGGUUGCAAAGAAGCAAAUAACUUCCAACUUAGAAAAAGAAGCAUCCAAACUGCGGCAGAGUGGCCAAGCUUGGUCAGCACCCAAACUUAAGUUUUCCUCAUCUAUAAAAGAGCUUUCAAGGGUGGAUUUGGUGGUUGAAGCGGUGUUUGAAGAUAUAUGCCUGAAAAAGCAGGUCUUUGCUGAACUGUCAGCUGUGUGUAAGCCACAAGCUUUUCUGUGUACCAAUACUUCAGCCCUGGAUGUGGAUGAGAUUGCUUCUUCCACAGACCGUCCUCAUCUGGUGAUCGGCACCCACUUCUUCUCACCAGCUAAUAUCAUGAAAUUGUUAGAGAUUAUUCCCAGCCGAUAUACUUCUCCUGAUACUAUUGCCACUGUUAUGAGCUUAUCAAAAAAGAUUGGCAAGAUAGGAGUAGUUGUAGGCAACUGCUAUGGAUUUGUUGGGAAUCGAAUGCUGAGUCCUUAUUACAACCAGGCACAGUUCAUGUUAGAAGAGGGUAGCAAGCCAGAGGACAUAGAUGGGGUACUAGAAGAGUUUGGUUUUAAAAUGGGACUCUUCAGGGUAUUUGACCUUUCAGGGCUGGAUGUGGGUUGGAACAUUCGUAAGGGGCAAGGCCUUACCGGACCUUCAUUGCCACCGGGAACUCCUGCCCGGAAGCGUGGCAAUAGCAGAUACUCCCCACUUGCUGAUCUGCUCUAUGAAUCUGGGCGAUUUGGCCAGAAGACAGGCAAGGGUUGGUAUCAAUAUGACAAGCCGCUGGGUAAGAGUCACAAACCUGAUCCCUGGAUUUCCAAGUUUCUGUCCCAGUACAGAGAAACCCAUCACAUCAAGGAACGCUCCAUCAGCAAGGAUGAGAUCUUGGAGCGCUGCUUGUACUCCCUUAUCAAUGAGGCAUUCCGUAUCUUGGGAGAAGGGAUAGCUGCUAGCCCAGAGCACAUUGAUGUCAUCUACUUGCAUGGGUACGGAUGGCCAAGGCACACAGGUGGGCCCAUGUUCUAUGCUGCCUCAGUUGGGCUGCCCACAAUUCUAGAGAAAUUGCAGAAAUAUUACAGGCAGAACCCUGACAUCCCACAGCUGGAGCCCAGUGACUACCUAAGAAGGUUGGUUGCCCAGGGAAACCCUCCUCUGAAAGAAUGGCAAAGCUUGGCAGGGCCCCACAGCAGUAAACUGUGAUUCAGCCUUCUGCCUCAUGUGUUGGCAACUGAGAUAACACACUGAAUUCAGUGAUUCAAUCCCCAAUCCGAAGAGAGUGCUCAAAGUACAAAUAAUGAUAAUUAUUAUGGUUAUGAGCUCAUGAUAAAAGCUCUCCUUUGGUGCUUCUGCCUCAUGAUUCUACCGUGGGAUUUUAGGUCUGUGCUUCCUGUACUUCUGACCACUUCUAUCGGGAAAAUUCAGUGACUUACUUACUACCAUAAGAGUUCUUCUCUUCUGAGUUUUUGCCUUGGGUGACAAAAACUUGUGCAAAAUGUCUUUGGGGGUUGACAGUGUUUUCUAAACUCACCGUGGUGGUGGUUCUGUAACUCUGCAAAUAUACCAGAUUACAUUAAGUUGAAUGGUUUAAAAAUGAAUUAUAUGGUAUGUCUAUAAUGUCUCAAUAAAAUUAAUAAAAUAAA